UUAUUAUUAUUAUUAUUAUUCGUUUUCCAAUUAUUCCCCAAAAUUUCGUCUCUAGAAAUUUUCAAAUUUUAUCACAGGAGCGCGCGAUUAAAUCCCAUGGCGUUUCACGUCGCUUGCCCCAUUACUUGUCGCCGCGUUUGCUACUGCGAUCUAGGGUUUCCGGCCGAGCUGCGGAGCGGGAGGGCGCGGGGCGAGUUCUGGGCGGAGAUCGAGGAGCUUGAGGGGUUUCUCAGAGAGCCCUGGACCGUACGGAUCGGCGCCGGCGAUGGCGGCGGCGGCGCCACCGUGCAGGUGCUCGUCCCCAAGGCGGCGGCGCCGGAGGCGGCGGCGGCCGAGGACUACUUCCGGAGGCUCGAGGCCCGGGGCUCUGCGCAGCUGCAAGGAGAGGCAGCUUCUAGGAGUGCUAGAGACGAUCAAGAAGAUCAAGGUUUUUCUGGUCUCAAGGUUAUGUGCUGCCUAUGCUUUUCUGGAGAUGAUGAGGGCAGUGACAGAGCUGCUAAGAUGCUUUCAUGCAACACCUGCAAUAAGAAGUACCAUAAGAGCUGCUUGAAAAGUUGGGCUGAACAUAGAGAUCUUUUCCAUUGGAGCUCAUGGGCUUGCCCCUCUUGUCGCAUUUGUGAGGUGUGCCGAAGAACUGGUGACCCAAAUAAGUUGAUGUUCUGUAAAAGGUGUGAUGGUGCUUACCAUUGCUACUGUCAGCAGCCUCCACACAAGAAUAUUAGUCGUGGACCAUACUUGUGCCCGAAGCAUACUAAGUGCCACAGCUGCGGGUCAAAUGUCCCUGGAAGUGGUCCCAGCACAAGGUGGUUUUUGGGGUAUACUUGCUGUGAUGCUUGCGGAAGACUGUUUGUAAAAGGAAACUACUGUCCUGUUUGUUUGAAGGUUUAUAGAGAUUCUGAGCAAAUACCGAUGGUCUGCUGUGACAAUUGUGAAAGAUGGGUGCAUUGUGAAUGUGAUGGCAUCAGUGAAGAAAAAUAUCAGCAAUAUCAAGCUGAUCAAAACCUACAAUAUAGGUGUGCUGCAUGUCGUGGAGAUUGUUAUCAGGUUACGGACACUGAGGAUGCAAUACGGGAGCUUUGGAAGAGACGAGAUAUUGCUGAUCAUGAUCUAAUUAUGAGUUUAAGAGUUGCUGCAGGAUUGCCACCUGAGGAUGAAUUUUAUUCGGGUUCUCCCUUCUCAGAUGAUGGGCAAGGUGGUCCACUCAUAUUAAAGAAUGAAACUGGCAAGACACUGAAAUUUUCAGUCAAAGGUAUUAGUGACAAAUCAUCAAACAAUUUCAUGGAAUACGGGAAUGGGAUCAACAGAAAUUCAGCGAGCACUAAAAGGCAUACCAAGAGGAAAGGAUAUAUGACCCAAUUAGUUGGCGAACAAGAAGAGAUAUAUCUAGAAAGACGGCAUGAGGCAAGAUUACUUGGGAGCAAUUUGAGGGAUCAACGGAUUGAUGAUAGAGAAUUAGACAGAAAUGCUAAGUCUGAUGUCAUUUCAUUUUCUGGAAACAGAAGCUCCAACAGAAAAGAUGUAAAACCCUCUUAUGAUCCAUUAGGUGGUAAGAAUGUUGGAAUUGUAGAAGACAAAGUCAACCCUGCUAGCACAGUUCCCAAAGUCAAGAUAAAGGGUGCUAAGCUACCAAGUUUGAAGAUCAAAGGAUAUUCUACAAAUAAUGUCAGCAAUAGUGAGACUGGGAGAGGUACAAAAUUGGUUAUACAUAUUGGUUCACGGAAUAAAAAUGUUUCUGGUUCCCCGAGGUCUGAAACUUCAAGCUGCCAAAGAGAUCAAGAAUUUCCUGUCUCUUAUGGUAGUGAAAACAUCACUCAGCAGAGGACAAAAGAUGGCGAAAAUUUUAUCUCCGAGGAUUGUAAUGCAAGUGUUGAAGCCGUUCAUAGCAAAGGUGCUAAAUAUGAUAACCUGAACCAGAUAAGAAAUUCCAAGCAUGGAAUGAGAGAAAACAAUGAUGCAAAACUUCGGAAAGUGUUUGACAUCCGACAAAAGGAUAAUAACUUCACUGGGGCUGUGGCUACACAAAGAAGUCCUUUUCAAACUGGGAGGAGCAAUAAAAUAGACCCUACAUCACAAAAUGUUGGAAAUGAGGUAGUUGGAAAGAAAGAAUCUGCAGGUGCUGUUAAUAGCAAUGAUGCUCGACCGUCACGCUUUGUCUCCAAUUCCUCCAACGACCCAAAACCGCUGCUGAGAUUGAAAUUUAAAAACCCAUAUCUCGAUAAUAGGAGCUCUUGGGCUCGUGAAGGGGAGGAAGAUAACUUUGUUAAAGGACAUAGAUCAAAGAGAAAGAGGCCCUCGACAAAGAAAGUGGGUAGCUUGGAGGAUAGCCCUGCAAAGCCGCAUCAGGAAAGUCCUGCUGAUGAAGUGAUGGAUGCAAACUGGAUAUUGCGGAAGCUGGGCAAGGACGCAAUUGGAAAAAGAGUUGAAGUCCGUUUAUCAUCAGAUAAUUCCUGGCAUCAAGGAGUGGUUUCUGACAUCAUCGAAGGCACUUCGUCUUUAUCAGUUCGUUUAAAUGAUGGAAGAUGUGAGACUUUGGAGCUUGGGAAGGAAGGAAUUCGCUUUAUCUCUCAAAGGCAUAAAAGAGCAAAAACUUGAAGCCUCGUUUUGUUAGUUGAACUGGUCAACUUGCCACCAUUGGAACGUAGUGGAACUUGAGCUAAAACUGAACAAUAUCCAAAGUUCUCUACUUCUGGAGGCGCAGCCAAACCUGUGCUACUGAAUCUAUUGUGAUUGUGCUUCUGUCAUGUCAAGAUUGUCUUCAAGAGCGAUUGCUACUGUGCAGAAUAAAGUGUGGAUUCUCCGAAAGAUAGGUACAACUGCCCCGGGAUGCUUAUUUAGUAUUAUUUUGCUUCUUUUGCAAGCUGUGCAUCAAUUUUAUAGGAAGAGUAGAUGCAAUUUGUAGCAACAACAUUAUCUGGAUGUGAUUUACACUUGAAAUGUAUAUUAAUUUAAGGUUGCUUCAUACCUGAAUGUAACAAUUACGUGAUGAAAAUUGAUUUAGAAGAUUAUAAUAAAUAGAUUUCUCUUUUCGGGCUGCUUGUUGCAGUGA